UGGAUGAGGUGCGACGAUCACAGCUAAACCUGCUCCGCUUAACGCAGGAGGACUGAUUGACGUCCGAACCGUCUGUGGGUCUGUUUUAAUUUCCACUUAUGACGAUUCAUUCGAAAGAGCAUAGUAGCAGGUGAAUAGUGUCUUAUUGCGGGAGGAUGCGCGCAGGCUGCUGUGAUUCAGAGCCUCUCUGAGGAGGAGUUUUCUCCAUGGCGGGCUGCUGCUGCUGAUGCGGCCUUAGGAGAAGCCACGAUGGCGACGGGGAAGUGGCUGUUGUACGCCGGUCUGUCUCUCUCUCUGGUCGCCUUGUGUUUCCUCACCGUCGCUAUUUCUUCCGACCACUGGUACGAAACGGACGCCAGGAGGUACAAGGAGCGCUGCCGAACUUUGUUGAACCGCCGCAGCGACCCCGGCUUCAUCUACAUCCCGAACCACAGCCUCCCUCUGCGGGCAGCCCGCGCUGAGCACCGCGGGGAAGAGCGAGCGGAGCCCCGGCACCUGGCGCCUCGCAACCGCCGGCAUCUGUUCGCCAUGAGCGCCGCGGACGAGUGCAGCAGGCGCUACAAUUCCACCAACAUGGGGCUGUGGACCAAAUGCUACAGGCUCGGCUUCGACCAAGACGUCGAGGAGCUCAUUCAGCAAGGGAUAAUUGAGCGGUGCUCCUACAUUAAGUAUUACUACUCAGCAUCAACCUCAGUACGAAAGGACUUCUCCUACAAUAUUACAAGGACCAUUCAGCAGGAUGACUGGCAUGCCUUGCAUCUGCGUCGGAUGACGGCUGGCUUUAUGGGCAUGGCUUUGUCCAUAAUCCUUUUUGGCUGGACAAUAGGGCUUCUGGGCUGCUGCUGGGAACAGGGCCUGAUGCAUUAUGUGGCUGGCCUGCUCUUCCUCAUGGGAGGUACCUUCUGCAUCAUUGCCCUGUGUACUUGCGUGGCUGGCAUCAACUUUGAACUGUCUCGCUACCCACGCUCCCUGUUCACUCUACCAGAUGACAUAGGCCAUGGUUACGGCUGGUCCAUGUUCAGUGCCUGGUGUGGGCUGGGUCUAACCCUCAUCGCUGGUUUUUUCUGCACGUUGGCACCUUCCAUCCAGCCUCCGCCACCGCCUCGCACUACAUACCCCAAAUCUCGCAUGGAGAAUGGUACAGUCUGCUGAACGGCAGCUGAAAGAGGAUAUAGAUGAGCACACAUGAACUGCAGGUGCACUGCUGAACUUCCCGAAGGAAGUAAACACUACAACUGACAAACGCACCAUGUGCUUAUGUUUGACGACCCACGGCUAGCGUGAACGUUGACCUGAUUUCAGGCCACCCAUGGCUGUACAUGAACCUCUGCCGUAAAAGCACAUUUGUACAGACGUUGUAUAUAAUCAGUUAUCCUGACGUGGUGUCAGCACAUCCUUGAUAGAGCUGUUCUUG